ACCAGUGUGGUGUGGGUAGAGGUAGUGAUAUUCCCGGGGAAACGCUAGGAGGGAAGAAUUACUUUCAGGGAGGGGUAGGAAUUUUCGGGAAGGAGACGUUCACUUGUGCGGUUUCGGAACACCAGCAGCCUAUCAGAACCCCCACGCGCCAUGCGUCUUUGUUCCCCCCGGGACGCCCCGCAGUACCCGCGCCUGCGCGCGGCCGCUCCCUUUCUUGUCAGCCGGCCUCUUCCGGCCAGCUCGUAGGGGCGUGGCUGCCCUGACAACAUGGCGGCGCCCGGGAAGAUGAUGUUUCCGGAGAAACCGAGUCACAAAAAGUUCAGAGCUGCCCUGAAGAAGGAGAAACGAAAGAAACGGCGGCAGGAACUCGCUCGAUUGAGAGAUUCAGGACUCUCACAGAAGGAGGAGGAGGAUGCUUUUAUUGAAGAACAACACCUAGAAGAAGAGAUGCUGUUGGAGAUAGAGAGGCAAAAAUUACAUGAGGCAUGGUUGCUUCGGGAGCAGAAAGCACAAGAAGAAUUCAGAAUAAAGAAAGAAAAGGAGGAGGCAGCUCGAAAACGACAGGAAGAACAAGAGAGAAAGUUAAAGGAAGAAUGGGAAGAGCAGCAGAGAAAAGAGAGAGAAGAGGAGGAGCAGAAGCUACAGGAGAAGAGAGAAAGAGAGGAAGCUGUGCAGAAGAUGCUGGAGCAGGCUGAAAACGAGUUGGAAAAUGGUGCCACAUGGCAAAACCCAGAACCACCGACGGACUUACGGAUAAUGGAGAAAGACCGAGCUAAUUGUCCAUUCUACAGUAAAACAGGAGCGUGCAGAUUUGGAGAUAGGUGCUCACGUAAACACAAUUUCCCAUCCUCGAGUCCCACACUUCUGAUUAAAAGCAUGUUUACGACAUUUGGGAUGGAGCAGUGCAGAAGGGACGACUAUGACCCUGAUGCAAGCCUAGAGUACAGUGAAGAGGAAACCUACCAGCAGUUCCUGGACUUCUAUGAUGACGUGCUUCCCGAGUUCAAGAACGUUGGGAAAGUGAUCCAGUUCAAGGUCAGCUGCAACUUGGAACCUCACCUGAGAGGCAAUGUGUAUGUUCAGUACCAAUCGGAAGAAGAAUGCCAAGCAGCCCUGUCUCUGUUUAACGGGCGAUGGUACGCGGGACGGCAGCUCCAGUGCGAAUUCUGCCCGGUGACUCGGUGGAAAAUGGCAAUUUGUGGUUUAUUUGAAAUACAACAGUGUCCGAGAGGAAAACACUGCAACUUUCUCCACGUGUUCCGAAAUCCCAACAAUGAGUUUUGGGAGGCUAACAGAGACAUCUACCUGUCUCCAGAUCGGACUGGCUCCUCAUUUGGCAAGGGCUCAGACAGGAGAGAGAGGAUGGGCCACCACGACGACUACUACGGGAGGCCCAGGAGGCGGAGAAGCCCUAGUCCGUCGCAUUCCUACAAGAGAAAUGGGGAAGCUGACAGGAAAAGGAGAAGCAGCCACCGGGGGAAGAAGUCUCACAAACACCUGUCCAAGAGUCGCGAGAGGCGCAGUCCGCGCAGUAGAGGAAGAAAAAGGGAUGGCAGCCGCAUCCGGGCCAGCCGGAGCCAGAGUUCCUCCAGGUCCAGGAGUCGUGGCAGGAGGAGGUCAGGCAGCAGAGACAGGACAACGCAGAGUCCCAAAUCCAAAUAAACCGAUUUUGUUCCGAAAUGAUCGUACAUCUUA